AUGCCGCUGGUUUUCAGCGCCUCCGUCCUGAGCUCCUGCCUCCAGCCAGUGCCGGCCCAGACCCCGACCCCGACCCCAGUGACCAUCACCCCGGCGAGCCCCGCGCUGGGAGGGAACGUCAGCCUGGCCCCGCAGAAUGUGGCACAGAACUUCACGUCCUGCAACUGGCACCGAUCAACGACCAAUGAUGAAACCAGCCGGAUCCUCACCUACUUUCCACCUCCAAACCCCGUUCAGCACAACGGCCCGGCCCACACGGGGCGGGAGACAGCGGGGCCGGGCUGCGCCCUGCACAUCGCGGGGUUAACGCUCAGUGACACCGGGAACUACACGGUGCAGGUACAGAGCCGGACUAGCCCCGGCCUCGGCACGGUGGUUCUGCGCGUCUAUGAAAUGCUGCCCAGGCCCACGGUGACACCAAACCAAACCCUUGUGCUUGAGAACAGGACCUUCACCCUCAGGUGUAACAGCUCCCCCAGUGCUGACACCGUGCUCUGGCUCCGGGACGGGGCGUCCCUCGUACCCAGUGACCGGCUGGUUCUGUCCUCUGACAACCGGACUCUCAAUGUGCUGAAUGUCACCCGGGGCGACGCCGGUGCCUACCAGUGCGAGGUUGGGAACCCCGUCAGCUCCAUACGCAGCGAACCCAGCACCGUGACGGUGGCCUAUGGGCCGGAGUCCGCCAGGAUAGAGCCAUCAGAGCUCCCCCCACAGCCCUUGGGGUCCCUUGUGCACCUGAUGUGCGUCUCUGAGUCCGUCCCAGCCCCGCGCUAUCACUGGGUUCUCAAUAGCACUGAAUUAAAGGAGACCAGGAGCAGCUUGACCCUUAAUCUGACGAGCUUGGAUCAGCAGGGCACGUACAUGUGCCAGGCACAGAACCCCAUCACCAGCCUGACCAAGAACAGCACCAGCCUGGUAAUCCAGGUGCAGGAAAUGCUGCCCAGGCCCACGGUGACACCGAACCAAACCCUAGUGCUGGAGAACGGGACCUUCACCCUCAGGUGUAACAGCUCCCCCAGUGCUGACACCGUGCUCUGGCUCCGGGACGGGGCGUCCCUCACGCCCAGUGAGCGACUGGUGCUCUCCCCUGACAACCGGACCCUCACGGUGCUGGGUGUCACCCGGAGUGACGGUGGCACCUACCAGUGCGAGGUUGGGAACCCCGUCAGCACCAACCGCAGCGAGCCCAGCACCGUGACAGUGGCCUAUGGGCCAGCGUCUGUCAGGAUUGACCCGCCGGGACCCAUCACCCUGACCCUCGGGUCCCCUCUGACCCUGACGUGCGUCGCCGACUCCGUCCCAGUCCCGAGCUAUUGCUGGGGUCUCAAUGGCACAGACACUAACCAGACUGGAAGCAGCUUGACCUUUAACCCCAUGACCUUAGAUCACCAGGGCACGUACGAGUGCUGGGCUCACAACCCAAUUACCAACCGCACUGUCCUGGUGUCUGUCACUGCGCGGUUUGUGGCUGCAGACUCCAGUGGAGGCCUGUCGCCCGGAGCCAUCGCCGGGAUCGUCAUCGGGGCGCUGGCCGGGGCGGUGCUGCUCGGGGGCCUGCUCUACUUCCUGCUCUGCAAAACUGGAGGGGGGCCCAAGCAGCACUCGCCCGUCGGCGGCCAGGCCGCGCCCACCCACAUCCAGGGCGAUAGUGACAACAAACCCACCUUGGGUGAGGAAGACAUUCAGUAUUCUACACUCACCUUCACCACAGGAGACCAGAAGCUGCCGCCCGGACCCCAGCCCCCGUCAGAGAGUGGCACCGUGUACUCGGAAAUCAGAAAAAUAUGACUGUGAUUUGCUUGGGACCUUGGGAAUCACUGCACCCACCUACCCCCCCACCACCCAGGGGAGAUUCUGCAGCCCCCACCCAUGAAGCACUCGCUGUGGGGCAGCUCCGGUCCCACCUACUCCCUCCCCACCAUGCAGACUCACUACCCGUGGGC